AGCGACCCAACACUGCACACCGCGGUCCCGCCGCCCGGAGUCCCCCGCCGCCUCUGGCCGCGGGGCGCCCGGCGCAGGCGCACACCACCCGCUCGAGGGGACGGGCUUCGGCUGCCAUCUUGCUGCGCGCGGGAGCCUCAGCCGCCGCUCGCCGGUCCGCAGCGCGGGAGCGGAGAGUUCCUAGUCCGGGUCGCGUUCCCUUCCCAUUGCCAGCCCUGCCCAGCGGCCGCAACUCCAGGCCAUGAACUGACCCAUCGCCCGCUGCCCGACUCUUAGCAACGGCCCGCCCCGGCGCCCACCCCCGCGAAACGCAGCGCCCGAGCACCCGUCCUCCCCGCCGGCCGCGAUGCCGAACGUGCAGCUGCCGCCCAAGGAGAGCAACCUUUUCAAGCGCAUCUUGACCCUGAGGAUGCAGCAGCGUCUGAAAUAGACAAGAUCUCUGUUCUGUGGAGCUCGUACAGUAUGUGAGAAAGAUGGACACUAAAAAUGCUAUGAACAGAAGCAGUACAAAAAUGGCCUCAAGUUUUGCAAGAUGAUUCUUUCGAAUCCAAAAUUUGCUGAACAUGGAGAGACUUUGGCUAUGAAAGGAUUGACAUUGAACUGUUUAGGAAAAAAAGAAGAAGCAUAUGAAUUUGUUCGUAAAGGACUUCGUAAUGAUGUGAAGAGCCAUGUCUGUUGGCAUGUGUAUGGACUCUUGCAGCGUUCUGAUAAGAAGUAUGAUGAAGCUAUUAAGUGUUAUCGAAAUGCCCUCAAGUUAGAUAAAGAUAAUCUACAAAUUUUGAGGGAUCUCUCUCUGUUGCAGAUCCAAAUGAGAGACCUUGAAGGUUAUCGAGAGACAAGGUAUCAGCUUCUUCAGUUGCGCCCAACACAGCGUGCUUCCUGGAUUGGAUAUGCCAUUGCAUACCAUUUGCUAAAAGAUUAUGAUAUGGCACUAAAACUGUUGGAAGAAUUUAGACAAACUCAGCAAGUUCCUCCCAACAAAAUAGACUAUGAAUAUAGUGAACUGAUAUUAUACCAGAAUCAAGUGAUGAGAGAGGCAGAUCUUUUUCAGGAAUCUUUGGAACAUAUAGAAACAUAUGAGAAACAAAUAUGUGAUAAACUUUUGGUGGAAGAAAUUAAAGGGGAAAUGCUGUUGAAAUUGGGAAGAUUAAAAGAAGCCAGUGAAGUAUUCAAAAACUUGAUUGAUCGGAAUGCAGAAAAUUGGUGUUAUUAUGAAGGCUUGGAAAAAGCUCUGCAACUUAGUUCCUUAGGACCUUUUCUCCCCCAUGGCACUUUAGAAGAGAGGCUUCAAAUUUAUGAAGAAAUUAGUAAGCAGCACCCCAGAGCAAUUUCACCUAGAAGAUUACCUUUGAAUCUUGCCCCAGGUGAAAAAUUUAGAGAACUAAUGGAUAAGUUCCUGAGGGUUAACUUCAGUAAAGGCUGCCCACCCUUGUUUACUACUUUGAAAUCUUUAUAUUACAAUACAGAAAAGAUUUCUAUAAUCCAGGAGCUUGUUACGAAUUAUGAAGCCUCUCUUAAAACGUGUGACUUUUUUAGCCCUUAUGAGAAUGGGGAGAAGGAACCCCCAACAACACUGCUCUGGGUUCAGUAUUUCCUGGCACAGCACUUUGAUAAACUUGGGCAGUAUUCUUUGGCUUUGGAUUAUAUUAAUGCUGCAAUUGCUAGUACUCCAACUCUAAUAGAAUUAUUCUAUAUGAAAGCAAAAAUUUACAAGCACAUAGGUAAUCUCAAAGAAGCUGCAAAGUGGAUGGAUGAAGCACAGUCUUUGGACACAGCCGAUAGAUUCAUCAAUUCCAAAUGUGCAAAGUACAUGCUUCGAGCAAAUAUGAUAAAAGAAGCAGAGGAAAUGUGCUCCAAGUUCACAAGGGAAGGAACAUCUGCCAUGGAAAAUCUAAAUGAAAUGCAGUGUAUGUGGUUUCAAACUGAAUGCAUUUCAGCUUACCAGCGACUGGGGAGGUAUGGGGAUGCCUUGAAAAAAUGCCAUGAAGUAGAAAGGCAUUUUUUUGAGAUAACCGAUGAUCAAUUUGACUUCCAUACAUACUGCAUGAGAAAGAUGACCCUCCGUGCCUAUGUUGACCUUUUGAGAUUAGAAGAUAUACUCAGAAGACAUGCCUUCUAUUUCAAGGCUGCUAGAUCAGCGAUUGAAAUAUACUUGAAAUUGUAUGAUAACCCCUUAACCAAUGAGAGCAAACAACAAGAAAUAAAUUCAGAAAACCUGUCAGCCAAAGAGUUGAAGAAAAUGCUCAGUAAACAAAGAAGAGCUCAGAAAAAGGCUAAACUGGAAGAAGAGAGAAAGCAUGCAGAAAGGGAACGUCAACAAAAAAAUCAAAAGAAAAAAAGAGAUGAAGAAGAAGAAGAAGCCAGUGGUCUCAAAGAAGAACUUAUACCUGAAAAAUUAGAAAGGAUAGAAAAUCCAUUAGAAGAAGCUAUCAAGUUCCUUAUACCUCUAAAGAACCUUGUUGCUGAUAACAUUGACACUCAUCUAUUAGCAUUUGAAAUAUAUUUUAGAAAAGGGAAGUUCCUGUUAAUGCUGCAGUCUGUCAAACGAGCUUUUGCCAUCAACAGUAAUCACCCAUGGUUACAUGAAUGUUUAAUUAAAUUUUCUAAAUCUGUGUCUAAUCAUAGUAAUCUUCCAGACAUUGUGAGCAAAGUUCUAUCUCAAGAAAUGCAGAAAAUAUUUGUCAACAAGGAUUUGGAAAGUUUUAAUGAGGAUUUUCUCAAACACAAUGGUACCUCUCUUCAGCAUCUGCUUUCAGGUGCUAAAAUGAUGUAUUUUCUGGACAAGUCAAGGCAAGAGAAAGCAAUUGCUAUUGCCACUAGAUUGGAUGAAACUAUAAAAGAUAAAAAUGUAAAGACUUUACUAAAGGUUUCCGAGGCACUGCUUGAUGGCAGCUUUGGGCACUGUAAUUCCCAGUAUGAAGAAUACAGGGUGGCCUGUCAUAACCUGCUUCCUUUCACUUCUGCUUUCCUGCCUGGUGUGAACGAGGUGGACAGUCACAGUGUGGCACUCAACCAUACAGCUAACUAUGAUGUCUUGGCAAACGAAAUUUGAAAUCCUAUAGAAAGUUGACUCCUGUAAGACUCAGAGCUGAAUUCCGGUCAAGGUUUCCUUUUCAGGGUGUAUUUUAAUAUAGGUGUGAAAUGAAAUAAUUGGAUAGAAUUUUUAAAUGGAGUAUUCUGUAAACUUAUUUUGUCCUUUAUCUGACUCUGCCAAUUUACAUAAACAUCUGUUAAAAAUUACCUGUUUAUACUUGUACAGUUUUCUUAAACUUACAGAUUAUCAGCAUUGUGAUGGGUGCUGUCACUUCUGUAUCAUGAAUAUAAUUUCUUAUUAAGCUAAGUUGUAUACAGCUCCAUUGUAUUAUUUUCUUUACAUCCUGGUUUCAGAAUCUGUGUUUUGAUCUAUUAUUGGUAUGUUGUAUUAUUGUUUAUUUGCUUGCUUUUUCAUUAAAGCACAUCAGUUUUAAAGUGUAAACUGUAUGUUAAAAACAAUAUGAAACUAUUUUUUGGCAGACAUAAAGGUUUAUUUUAAAAUUUAUUUCAGUUUUCCCUUUUUUCCACCUUAAUUUUUUAAUGAUUUACCAUUUCCUUUUUAAUAUCCAUGAAAAUGGAUACUUUCUAUUGAGUAAGGGUACUCCAGUUUUACAUAGAUGAUUCAGAAUGUGGGGAUUUGUUUGCCUCUUAAUCAUGGAAAUUCACUGGUAAAUUUGUUGCAUAUCCCUAAAUCAGUCUUUUAAAGACCCAUGGGUAAGAAUUAUGCUAUCUUGACUAAAUUGCUUUGCGUUUUAACAAGUAGUUUAUAUCUAAGUGGUGUGCUUCAAGGGAGCGUAAUAGGGAAGAAUACAGAUUAUAAGGAAACAUUCUUACUCUUAUAGCCAUGUAUUGACUAUUAAAUACGUUUUUGUAUCAGCAAAAUGAGAAUUUAAACUAUUGUUAGUUUAACUAAUAAAACAUUGUUGAGCAAUAUUUUUGGGGGGAGUAUAGGUUUUUGUUUUAUCUUGUGCAGAAAACAGUAAUGGAAUCAUUCAGUAUAUUUCUUUGAGAACUGUGUAAAUAUGUCUAAUAUUAAUACUUUCCUUUAAGGCAAAUAUGAGUUCAAAAAGGGAGAUUUUAUCUAGAGAAGCCAUUCUAAUUAAAAUGGUUUUCCUUCACUCUAAGCUAUUUAGAUUCAUAAUUGUUGAGGAAAAAAAAACUCACUGUAAAAUAAUGCCAUCCUAUAUAAUGCUGUAAUAAAUUAUUUUGUACACAGUU